AUGAAGUACUCAUAUUGGAUAACACUUGUAGUAUUCCUACUAGCGAAUAUAGGGAAUUCAGCAUUUGUUGAAGUUCAAUCAUGUGGAGUUGUAGAAUCAGGAUUUAUAUUAGCUCCAUUCCUUAUUGAUGCUGCCAUUGAUGAAGAUAAUAAGAAACUUAAAUUUCUUUUAAAUUCAAUGGUUAUGGCAUGGAAUGAAUCUGAUAUUACUAUUCAAGUUAGUGAUGUUAAUUACACUACUAAUAGAUAUACAACAUUUCAUGUAGAAAUUGAUUUUAUGGGUAAAACAUUUGUAUCAGAGAAUAAAAGAUUUUGUGAUUUAAUAGCCGUUAAAAACAAUACGGAUUAUCAACAAGGUCCAAGAUUUCCUAAUAAUGAUCCUUGGGUAUUACAAUCAAGUUCAUCUUCAACUGGUUUAACUUCAAGACCAACUGAUCGUCCAUAUAUACCAGCAAUGAAUGUUACAAUUAAUUCUCGUAAAAUUAAACGAGAUCAACUGCCAAUUAUUAAUUCAUUUGCUCAAUCAAAUACAACUAUUGCUAAUAUCUUUUCAAAUUCUACAGGCAAUUUAAUUCAAUGUCCAUUAUAUAAUAAUGAUUCAUUUCUAUUAUAUUAUGAAGCCGAUAUUAGUGAUCAAUUUCAUAAAUUAGGAUCAUAUUUAGCUCGAUUUUCAGUAGUAUCAAAUGAUGGAAGUUCUCAAGUAAUUGGUUGUAAUAAAACUUAUAUAACUCCAGUUCAACCUCAAACAAUUUCCCGAGGAUUAUUACUUGGAAUUUUAAUAUUAUUAGUGGUUACAGCUUGUAUAAAUAUAUUAAUUAUUGCUUAUUCAUCAUAUCAAGAAUCAUCAAAUCCAUUAUUAUUUCGAGCUUCAACCAUUUGUAAUGAAGAAUUAUUAAAACAAUUAGAUGCAACCGUACCUCGAAUUAUAAUUUAUCUUCAAUUUGCUUUAUUUAUUGGAGGAUUAAAUCUUCAAUAUCCCGGAUUUUAUCAACCAUUAUUAGUUCAAAUUAGAUGGUGUGCUUUAUUAGGUAUAUCAGUUAUUAAUAAUCCAGGAGGAAAUUUUCUGAGAGUUAAUAAAGCAGAUAAUAUUUAUUCAACUAUGAAUUCUUCAGGUUUAAAAUCUUUAACAUUAUUUUCAAGUGAUGAAUCAAAUGUUGCUAAUUGGCCAAAUUUUAUUAUAACUUUCUUAAUUGUGGUUAUAUGUAUUAUAUUUGGUGAACAAAUCUUUAUUAUAGUAAGAGGAUUUAUUCUUAAAAUAGUUAAUAAAUUAACCGAUGCAAAAGAUCAUUUAAAUUCAAGAAAUUUAGAAAUUUCAGCAUUAGAUAAUCCAAAUUAUAUGUUACAAAUGUCAUCAUUUUCUUUUAGAAAGUAUAUGUUUUUACUGAUUGGACAAUUUAUUGAAGCAUUUAUGCUUAUAUUUGGAGUUCCAUUCUUAGUUCUUACAACAUUUAUGUUUAGUAAUGCCAAUGGAUUGAGAAGAGCAGGAUUUAGAAUAUUUCCUUCACCAGCUACAUUACUGGCAGAUGCAUUUUCUCAAACAAGUUCUUAUGAUCAAUUCUUUUUACCAUUACCUAAUAAUAUUACUGUACCACCUAAAGUACUUCAUGGAUUAAAUGCUACAGCUUAUAAUCAAUUUCAUUCAUUUAAUUCAACUUCAACUUCAACGGCAAUAAUUCAUCGUCAUCAAAUGCCAAUCCCCAGUAUUAUAUUUGGAGUAUUAUUAUUUAUCCUUUGGGUAGGAUUAGCAUUUUUCUUUAUCUUUUAUUAUUUAAUAACUAUUAAACAAUAUCAAUUUCAUAGAAGUAAGAAGAUGUCCAAAUUAUAUACUUCAAUUAAAACCAUUUUAUUAUGGUCAUUCUUUUAUAAUCAUUAUAAACCAACAAAAGUAUUUUAUGUGGCAUUAGAUAUUUGGUCAUUAUUUUCUAAACUGUUAAUUAUUGGAUUACUUCAAGAUUAUGGUUCAGUUCAAGUGGCAUGUUUAAUUGUAUUAGAAUUUAUUGAUUUAAUAUUACUUUUUACAAUUAAUCCAUAUUUUGUUAAAUUUUCUUGGACUUCAACAAGAUGGAUGCUUCCAGUAGCUCGAUUUUUUGUUACAGUAUUAUGUAUACCUUAUUUACCAGAAUUAGGUUUAAGUGAAGUAAUUAGAAGUUAUGUGGCUUUUGUUCAAUUAUUUAUUCAUUGUAUUGUAGCAAUUAUAUUUGUUAUACAAUUAUUUUAUGGAGUUAUUAAAACUAUACUUUCAAUAAUUAAAUUUCAUCGUGAAAGAGUUCAAUAUAAAACUUAUAGUAAUCAACUUGGUCUUGUUAAUAGUAUUGAAGAUUUUAAUAAUGAAUUUGAAUAUAGACCAGUAGCAGGAAUGGAAGAAAAACCUUGGUCAACUAAUCCUCAUCAUAGUAAUUGUAAUAGUAAUUUAUCAUCUUAUGAUAAAGAAGGUAAUGAAACUGAUAAAACUAUUGAAGAAAUUAAUGAUGAAAUUGAAGAAGAUAAAUUUUAUUUUAGAGGAGUUAAUGAUCAGGAUAUUCCAAGAAUUCCUUCUGAUAAAGUUAAAUUAAAGAGAGGAUUUUCUGGUUUAACAUUAUCGGAUGAACAAGUUAAUCUUGUAUCUAAUGAAGAUCAAUUUUCAUUUAUUACUGGUUCAUUUGCUAGACAAGAACAAUUCUCAAAUUUAAGAAAACAACGUAAUGAUUAUAGAGUUCGAGAGGGAGAUAAUAUAUAUAAGAAAUAUUUUAUUGAUGAUGAAAUUGAUCCUGAAAUUAAAGCAUUAUGGGAAUCAAGAAAUAAUUGGGGUCCUACUACUGAUAAACCAUGUUCAUCAUCAUCAGAACAACAACCUAAACAUACUCCAGAACUUAAUAUCUCUCAUUUAUGGAGAAGAUCAAAGAAAUCUCAAUCACAACCACAACCAGUAGAAAGAGGAUUUCAUGUAUCUCGACCUAAACAGCUUUCCAGACGUUCUACAUCGAAUGAAUACGACAUUAUAGUAGAUGCUAUAGCAAAGUAUCUAUCCAAAGUUACUUGA